AUGCGUCCAUCACGUACGUUUCUCCGUCUCUUGACUCUAUUAAACUGUAUCUGUGGCAUUGUAUUAUUAUGUCUUGCCCUUCAUCUUGUGCUACUUUUACAAGUGAAAGCCAGUGUUGCAGUGUUGAUGAUUUGGUUAAGUUGCUGUGUGGUACUGCUGUCAAUCUUGGGUUUUCUUGGUGCUGGGCAAGCCACGAGCUGUCUUUUAUUGCUCUAUUUCUAUAUCAAUUUCCUGCUACUUAGUGGACUCUUUGUGUCUUGCUACGCUGCCUUUUUCUUCCAUAAUGUACUUGAAUCGUGGAUGAAACGUCAGUGGAUUACGGAUGUAUUUAAAGCGCUACGGAAUCAAACGUGUUGUGUUACGUACAGCGAUACGGUGCAGUAUCUCGAGCAUCGUGUGAUGCUCAUAGGAAGUGUUGAAGUCGUUUGUAUGGUGCUCAUUAUUGCGUCCAUGUACUGCGUCGUACGCAUCGUCACAGUCCCUAUUAUCAUGCGCAGCAUGCUAUCGGUUACGAACGUCAUCUUUAUGCUACUAGGCACGGGACUCUUUGGCUUGGGGCUGUCAAUUAAUGUACACGAUGAGAUGACGGCAGGGAAGAGAUGGAUAGCCAUUCUCUUUAUCGUUGUCGGCACGCUAAUGGUUGCAUUGUCGGUGUUGGGCACUAUUGCUUCAAAAGCCAAGAGCCGAUCAUUGCUCUUCAUUUAUAUGAUUGGCCUUGGAAGCUGCCUUCUUGCGCUCAUGGUUUACUUGAUUAGCGUCUAUUUUUCCUUCUCAGACAAUCUGGCGUCAACGUACAAUGCACACACAAGUUCGACGCUGGCGUGUGAUAUCGGUCUACCGGGAUGUACCAACUGCACUGACGUGGUCUCUGAAAUGACUCGAUGCGAAGGUGUCAUGCACACGUACGACAAUUACUGGGUUUCAUGCAAUAGUACUGCACCCAGUAAUGCAAGUACUAGCACCGAUAACGACUGCUCCAAAGACAUGACAGUCCUGAACGCCAAGAGUGACCAAGGCUAUACACCAAAUGACAUCGCCAAGUGCGGCAAAUGUCCAGAAUGGUCAGCAUCAGACGUGCAAGCGUACCUUCAAAGUACACGUCACCUCCUUGGGCUAUUUGCUUUAGUUGUGUGCCUCUUUGUUAUCAUCGGAUUCGCUGGUGCGUUGGUACUGCGACGAAGCCUAGCCGGCUACUUGACAGAUUCCAUAUAA